AAUGAAACAUGACUGAGGACCCACAGAGAAAUUUCCGAUCUGUAUAUUAUGAAAAAGUGGGCUUUCGUGGUGUGGAAGAAAAGAAGUCACUGGAAAUCCUUCUGAAAGAUGAUCGAUUGGAUAUCGAGAAGCUUUGCACGUUUAGUCAAAGAUUUCCACUUCCGUCCAUGUAUCGAACCCUGGUGUGGAAGGUGCUUUUAGGUAUUCUUCCUCCCCACCAUGAAUCUCAUACAUUUGUGAUGAAGUACCGAAGAGAACAGUAUAAAGACGUAUACCACGCCCUCCAAGUAAUUCGCUUCAUCAGUGAGUCAACCCCACAAGUUGAGGUUUUCCUCCGGAUAUAUCAGCUAGAAUCAGGAAAGCUACCUCGAAAUCCAUCUUUCCCGUUG